AUGGCUCGCACUCGAGCGCAGUUGGCCGCCCAGAGAGGUCGCGCAUUAUCCCCUCCCAAAAGCCAAGGAAAGCGACCUCAGGGUAUUCAAAAGGGCAGAUACUCUCGUCAAGUCGCAACGUUACGACAGCUGACCCCAAAGCGAAUUGACGUAGACACAACAAUCAGCCGAGUUAAAAAGCGACCUCUCGACGAUCUCGAACAAGUACCAGACUCCAGUCACAAACGCCUGCGACGAUGUUCCAGACUCUCUCGCGUGAAAGAAAUACUUGGCGGAUCCGCAGACAGUCAUAGUGAAGCGGGCAAGCCAAUCGAUCCGAUCGAAUAUUGGACAACUGAAGGCCACUGGCCAACGGAGUACUUUGAACUUGAAAUGGAGCAUUUAUUAGCACGGAAGAAGUCUGUGUCGUCGCUUAGCCGCAAACGCUCAAACUCCGGUACAUCCACAACACCAAGUGAUCAAAAACCGAGAGAGGAGAAGAGUGCACCGUAUAGGGACCCUCGUUACGAGCUAUUGCUCCAGACGAAGCACUCAUAUAUGGAUGCUUCUAAUCUAGGCAUCACUGAUUCAAGCAAACGCCUGGUUCAGAGCCUCCUUGAUAGCGAUCAAUCAGUUCCUCAACACACAAUCUUUAGUGACAGUGUCUUUGCGGAUGCAUGUCGCAAUUUGCAUGGGAGAAACGAGGCCCGGGUUGCUCAGGACUUUUCUCGACUCAUUGUCCCUUCAGCGGAGACACUUGCGCUCCGCUCCAAGAGCCUCAAGAAUUUCACCGAGAGUGUGAAUGAGGGCUGGGACAACUCAAUUUCGUUGACUGGGACUCGCCCGCAACCCGACUAUUCUGUAGGAUUCAGGCGAGAAGCAUUUAGCGACGACCAGCUGGCCAAGCUGGCACCAUUUAUAGGCGACUUCAUCAGCGGAGACCAAUCGUUCUUCAUGGGAACAUACUACAUGUACUUCCCCUUUCUCACAUGCGAGGUGAAAUGCGGUGCUGCUGCGCUAGAUGUGGCCGAUCGGCAGAACGCCCACAGCAUGACACUUGCAGUGCGCGGUGUUGUUGAGCUCUUUCGUGCCGUGAAACGUGAAAACGAGGUCCACCGACAGAUCUUGGCCUUCUCUAUUUCACAUGAUCAUCGAUUGGUGCGAAUUUACGGUCACUAUCCUGUUAUUGAUGGGAAGGACACUAAGUACUACCGUCAUCCAAUACACGAGUUUUCUUUUACUGCGCUGGACGUACCACAAGCAUCCCGAACGAAAACCGGGUGGGCCGUGCGGGCGGCCGACCUCACGACUCGCAACCUCGUUAUCAGCAGACAGUCUGAGUGGCUUGAGGAUCUUGGGGCGCCGAAAGCGGAGGUUAGCCAGAAAUGGUACACCUAUAUACCCGUUGACGAGUGCCCUAAACGGCUCUUUGACCUCCAAGGUAGCGCGAUUGACUCUGAAGAUCUGCCCACCAAGACCCUUCUCAUCUCCUUCCUGGAACCCACGCCAGGACGCUGGCGGUUGUUCGGCUCUAGCAGACUGGCGCGGCUCAUGACCAAGACUCCUCUACCCAGACAAUGUGAAACUUGCUGGGACUAUCACUCCAAAUACGGCUGCAAUCGCCAAGCUCACUGCAAGCGCUGCGGCAAGACGGGCCAUUCUCAUGAAACCUGUUCUGCCGCCGAACAAUGUGUCAAUUGUAUGGCGCCACACGCUGCUGACUUCCCAGUCUGCCCGGCCCGUCCAAAGAGAGUACACGGAGAGAUCUGUAGGCUCACCCAAGCCCAGCGAGCUGCAGUUCGGCAGGCAGGAGCGAAGCUCUUUCGCCAACACAAUCUGGAGACCGCCAUUACGAGGGAAGCGCCUUCCUCAAGCCCUCAGCCUGCAGUGUCAUCACCAUGUAUCAGGGUGGCUACCACUCCCGAUAGCGAGACAACUGAAGCGACCAUGGACACCAGUCCCUCCACGAACCCUCCGCAACGACAGAAAUCUAACCGACGCGACAACAGCCUGCGUAUCUUCCAGGCCAACGUAGGCAAGAGCGGCCCGUCACACGACUGUGCUCUCGCUCUUGCCAACGCAGAACAUUACGAUGUAAUCCUACUUCAAGAACCUUGGACCGGCGUGAAAGAUGGCAAGUGCCUUACAAAGACUCACCCAGCCUUUGACACCUUCUCACCAGUCGACAGCUGGGAGGACAACGGCACACGGCCGCGGACCAUGACCUACCUGCGGCGCUACCUGCUGUGGAUACAACUCAAUGGCAUCACAGUAGUCAACGUCUACCGUGACCCACUACGACCUGAAAUCUUGCAAACACUUUUCGACUGGCCCAUACCAGGAAGAUGCGUCAUCGCAGGCGAUUUCAACGCUCGACACCACUCUUGGCAGUCGGGACAUGCACAGAAUGACGGCGAGGCACUCGCCCAGUGGGCAUUGGACAAUGGUCUAGCCCUCCUCAAUGCUCCCAACGAACCAACUAAUCAACACGGCAACACCAUCGACCUAGCCUUCUCCAACGUUCCCCUGGCCGAGGCGGCCGUGGAGGAUCAUCUUGCCACAAGCUCUGAUCACUUCACACUCAGCCUCACCGUACCAAACUCCCGCAGCACAGCAUCCACCCCCGGUAGAAUCCGCGUCACAUACGAUGACGAGAUUGAACGCUUUACCGAGAUCAUUCAUACAAAAGCACCCUUUAUUAGAGCUUGCACGAACAGCACGCUUGGACUUGAUGCACUUGCGACGUCGCUAGUCGACCUCCUUCGAUCAGCAGCCGAACGCGCCGGUCAUGUAGCAAGAAAGAAGGGUCGAGCCGCUCCAUGGUGGAACGACGAUUGCGCCAUGGCCGCGGUAGAAUACAGAGCACUUCGUCGUAUAUACCCUCUUGGGUAUGGCCGCGAGAUCCAGCUUGUGAGGAGAGAGUUCCGUCGAGUUAUCCGCAGAUCAAAGAAACUCUUUUGGUGCAACAGAAUUGAUAGCGCCACUAGCAACGCUGAUAUUUACAAGAUUGCACGCUGGGUCAAGGCCCCAGGCUCAUUCCAGCCGCCACCGCUGCAGAUAGGCGCCGAGGUCUACGAGACACAAACAGACAAAGCCAAUGCUCUCCGCCGAGCUACUCUGGAGCGGCGAACAGCAGGAGACGACAUAGAUGACCCUUGGAUCACUGUAAAUCCUUCGAGAUUAAUUCCAUUCUCCGCGCAGGUCACCUUGGAAGAAGCACGUGUGGCCACAACGUGCUCCGGAAAGACAUCUCCCGGCUCUGACAACAUAACGGUGGACCUCCUGCGACUCGCUUGGCCAAGCAUUGGGAAGCUGGUACAACAGCUUUUCGAGGGCUGCCUCACUCUGGGCCACCACCCUCAAGCCUUCAAGACGGCCGACGUCGUCAUGAUCACCAAGCCAGGCAAGAGAGACCUGACGUCUCCGCGAGCCUGGAGGCCUAUCUCGCUCCUCUCCUGCUUAGGCAAAGGGCUUGAAAGACUGAUCGCCCGCAGAAUCGCAUGGGCGGCAGUUCACUUCGGCAUUCUACACCACCAACAGGCUGGUGCGUUGCCCAAGAGGUCUGCAACAGACCUCGUAGCCGCACUCGUACACGACGUCGAGGCUGCCUUUGCCAGCGGUCUCGUCGCUACGUUAGUCACGAUGGAUAUACAAGGUGCCUUUGACACAGUCAUGAGGAACAGGCUCAUCCUCCGCCUCCGGCAGCAAGGCUGGCCGCUGCAGCUUACGAAAUGGGUAGCCUCCUUCAUGAAAGAUAGGAUGGCUAGCAUCAGAUACCAAGACAUAAUCACCGAGAGCACCCCGCUCCAUUGUGGACUCGCACAGGGAUCCCCAAUCUCUCCAAUCCUCUUCCUUCUAUACACGGAGCCCAUUUACCGCCUGGGACACCACGUUGGACGCUUCGGGUACGCCGACGACACGGCGAGCCUGCACACUGGCUAUAGCCUUGAUGAGACCGCAGCAUCAGCCUCGGCAGACAUCCAGCAACUCAGCGAAUGGGGCAGAGACCACGCCAUCGUAUUCGACCCAGAAAAGACUGAAGUGAUGCACUUCUCACCUAGGAAGGAUUCGGACAAUCCACCGGUUCUACAUGAUGGCGUACCGAGGAUCCCCGGAGACUCGAUGCGUUGGCUAGGCAUAUGGCUCGACCGAAAGCUGGUCUUCCGGACGCAUGUCGAGAAAUGGGCCGCCAAGGCAAGGAAGGUGGCAGGCCACCUCCGUAGCCUCUGCAACACACAGCACGGCCCGUUCCCGGCCGCCGUAAGAAAGGCCGUGAGGGCAUGCGUCGAGCCGGUCCUGCUUUUCGGCGCGGAGGUCUGGUACCCAGGAACCCAGCGGCAUAGAGCCUGGCGCGGCAACAGACAAUGCAAACCUAGAAUCCAGCAUCUUGCCAAGAGAAUUGACGCUGCCAUCCGCUGCGGCAUCCGUGCCAUCCUGCCGGUUUGGAAAACCACCCCCAUCCCCGUGCUGCACCGUGAGAGCGGUAUUCCUCCUGCAGGACUGCUUCUUGAUGCCCAGCGACGCCGUUUUGCCGCACGACUCAAGUCGCUCGAUGGAGCCCAUCCGCUGGCACAGCGCACAACUGGGCUUCCUCCGCGGGCUGUCAUUGGCUGCUAA